CUUGUCACGCAGGUGGACUUGAGGCGCCAGCAGAUCUCGCAGAUUGUGGAGGAGGUACAGAGGGUCGUCCACCAUCUGACCGCAGAGAUCAGCCUCCAAGACCUCCGAUUUCAGGCCGUCCCUUACUCUGACACAUACAAUGGGAACAUUAAGGUUUUGGCCCCCUGCCAGUUCCUCGUCACGGUCCCGGUAAAGGGCCUGGUGGGGUACAGGGAGGCCAGGGAGCAGCGCUGGCGAUACUACACCCUGCGGGGCACCAGGCUCCCCUGUCCCUUGCAGGACCCAGAGGGCCUGCGGCAGUGGCUGGAGGCGGAGCAGUUCAUGAAGAGCCAGUGGCAGUGGCAUGAGGCAGACGUGAACAUUGAGGGAGAUAUUGUGCCCGCCAAGGUGCUCCAGGUGUUCCGGAAGCUGGUAGAAAACGCAAUUGGAACCCGUCAGCUCUCAGGUGAGCGGAUCGAGAAAAGUACAAGAGCACAGAAGCUUGGUUGUUGUGAAACCUCCACAUGUCAGGUGGAGCUAGAGCUGGUCCCCACGGUGGAGAUCCCUACCGUCUGGCCAAAUCGUAGAAAGUCCUCCCCCUGUCUAGGCAGCUGGCCUUCCCGACAACGAGUGGAGUGUAUCAAGUCGUUUGGGUUUGCCUUGUUGGCCUGUUCAAAUUAUCACUGGCAGCAGAGUUUCCUGCAGGCUGAGCAGGUACUGCUAGACCAGCUGGAUGAGGACGGGGGCUGCCGCAGGAAGUGCUUCCAGGCCCUGAGGCAGAUGAAGGAGGACGUCUGGUGUCCGGGAAAGAGGCCUGUCAUCACGUCCCACCAUCUGCAGACGGUGCUCUUUUGGACUUGUGAGAAAUACCCCCACCCGAAGGAGUGGCAGGUGUUCAGCAAAGCGUUCCUGCGCCUGGUGAGGAAGCUGCACAAGUGUGUGAGCCAGCACUUUCUGAAGCACUAUUUCGUGCGCAAGAGCAACCUGCUCCAGCAUGCCAGCUCGGGCGAACUGGACACCGUGGCCCAGAAGCUGGCUCUCUUCCUGAAGAACCCCCAGAUCGGCCUGCCCUGA